CCUCAAUCCAACCUCAACCUCAGUAGUAGUCAGUCCGACUAGUGCCUCGCAGACGCGUAGACGUGAGUUAGUUUCGUGUUGUGAUAGUAAACAGUGAAGUGACAAAAUGAAGACAAACAAAGAAUAUACCGUGGUUAAAACCAAAUCGUCUUCCAAGGAAUCUAAUCGACGUGAAAUACGGAACAUGAUUAUGUUAGGAUCGGGCUUCAUGGUCAUGUUUUCAGCGUUUAACACAAUGGAAAACCUAGAGAAACCAUUUCUGGCCAGCGCACAAGAAGAUGACCCCACAUUCACAGCGGACGGCUACGUCGCACUGGGAAUUCUUUACCUCUUCUUCGGUAUCUUCCUAUGGGUCGCCCCGAGCAUAAUCAGCAUGAUCGGACCCAGAGCUGCACUGGCCGUUAGCUCCCUCGGAUAUAGUGCCUUUAUCGCAUCGUUCUACCUGCGCAAGACAUGGCUCGUGUACGGAGGCUCGAUAGUGAACGGCUGCAGUGCUGCCUUGCUGUGGACGGCUCAGGGAAACUACACGAUCCUCAACUCAAGGCCGAAGACCAUCACCAGAAACACCAGCAUAUUCUGGGUCCUGUUUAAGUGCUCGCUAUUCUUCGGCAACAUCUUUGUGUUCCUGAUGUUCCAAGGGAAGACGAGGAUUGACUACGAGACGGGGAACACUGUGAUCAUCACGCUGUUCUGCGUAGCCGCCGUCGCUACGUUCCUCAUGUUCUUCCUGCAGAAGCCGGAGCACGAGAGUCAGAAACGAGAUGAGGCGUCGCUCUGGGCGUCUCGAGUGUCUUUCAUCGCAGAGGCCGGGCCUAAGGAGGCCUUCUUGAAAUCUCUCAGUCUUGCUAUCAAACCCAAGAUACUUAUGUUGUGUCCGCUGUUUUGCUACUUUGGUUUUCAAGUGUCGUAUCACUCCGGUAUCUACGCAGCCUGUGUAGGGUUCACCAAGAGCUUCGGUGACGACAGCAAGAAGCUGGUACCUCUUGUCGGCAUUGCUAUUGGUCUAGGAGAGCUAAUCACUGGCUCAGUUCUGAUCCUCAAGGGCACGCACAUCUCCAAGUUCAAGUGGGGUGGAGUUUACAUUGUUUGCAUCGGAUUCUUUGUUCAGGCGCUUUGCUACUUGAUUUCAUUCUUCAACUUACCAAACUCUGCGAAUUUCGGGGACACACAUGAAGCAGCUUAUAUUGAAAGCAAUGUGUGGCUGGCAAUGUUGUGCUCCAUGAUGAUCGGAGUGGGUGACGGCUGCUUCACAUCACAGAUCUACGCUCUACUGGAGGCCAUGUACCCCAACGACAGCUCGCAGACUGUUGCUCUUUUCAACUUCAUCAAUAGUAUGUCUACAGCCCUCAGCUUCUACAGCAGCACCAUGAUUAGUCUACAUGUCCAGCUGCUGAUCCUGGUGUGCGUGGGUCUCGCUGGCAGCAUCGGCUUUACCAUCGUCACUGCCAGAGUAAAGAAAAACAUGAACAGUCAGUCAGUUCCGACUCACUAAUAGUACUGCGACACUGAGCGACUCGCUGUGAUCCAGAUCAUACAGACCUAAUCUAUGUGUACAAAUUUUUUCAUUAUGUGUGACAAUGUAUUUUACUAUUCGACUAUUCGGUUAUUUCAAAAGGACCAGCUUAUGUGCAGUACAUAGAGUAGUGGUCGUGUGAAAGAGAUCCGUUCAAAAUCUGCACUCAGACGAAGGUCUUAUAUUUUCUUUAAAUGUUUAAUCACAUGGUGCUUAUUUAUUUGAACAAAAUAACCUUACACAGGUUAGUGUUCCAAGGGUUAUAGUUUGCAGAUUUAUUUUGAUUGACUGUGAUUUGUAGAAACUGACCGGCCAGUGGCGGUUCUAGGGCUACUGGGAAAAGGGUGUCCAGAAUUUGGUAUUUUUAAAGCCAUUGCGUGGCUGUCUAUAGCAAUUUUUAAACGUCUAGAACAGUGUCCCAAAACCUCCCCUAAGUUUUUCAGACAAAAUGUAUGUUUACAUUUUUCCCAUGGUCCAAUGGGAAGAUUUUAGCCCCUCCCCUGAACUGCCACAGAAACCAGUUCUAAAGUUAUGGUUAGUUUCAAAUACAGUAGACUCUAGCCCACUUGUAUUAUCAAAGUUCAAGUUAGUAAGAGCCAACUGUAGUUUAUUUAUAGUCUGUAUGAUGAAACCUGUCUCCUAUCCCUCCGUCUACCUGGGCACUGGCCAAUAGUUUAAGGCUCAGGCCAGUCCCAGGUAGACACAGGAUCAGGAGACAGGAUCCAUCAUACAGACUGUAGGCCAUUUGUAAAACAGUCUUAUUGCUUUGUUGUAAAAGCAUUGCUAUUUUAACAUUUUAGUAGGGAUGGUCAAGUCUCGAAAUUUCGGGAAAUUUUCGGGAAAUUUUAAAUCUCGUUACACGAGACGAGAUUUCUUUUUGGCCGAGAUUUUUAUCGAGACGAGAAUAAAAAAAAAUUAAAAACGCCUGCAGAAAGUCAAUGCAAUACCCGCAAUACAGGAGCGUGUUGUAGUUGCGUUUCCUUUGCGAAGGCGUUCUUAUUUAACUAAUUCUUUAAAUGUAAAUAUUACUUUAAUUAUUUUAAUAAUAUUACUUUAAUAACAUUUGAGAAGUUUUGUUAAGUGUAAGCAGUGUGAGGAAUGUUUUAUUACUAUAAAAAGUCAAAACAAGUAAUUAUUUUAUAAAAAUUAAUAUUGCUUUUAUUUUAUGAUUUAUUUUAUUUUAGGAUAAGUUGAACUCUAUCCUAACUGAUAUCACUAUGUUUCCUAAUCGUAGGCAUUUUUAAUAAGUUAGGCGUGAUUAAUAAAAAAAUGUUAUGCUUAUGUUUUUUAAUAAAAGAUUGUAAAUAUUCUUGCCUAUUAUCAUUAUUUUUGUAUUUAAAUAGUCAUCUAACAAUGUUACAAAAUCAGGUAAAAAUUUUGAACGUGCAUUUCCCGUUGUGUAUGAGAAGGGAAAUCCCGUCUCGAUCUCGUCUCGAAAUUUUAUGAGAAAUAAAAAAUCUCGUCUCGUCUCGUCUCGAACUAAAAAUCCAAUCUCGUCCAUCCCUACAUUUUAGACAUAAACUCCAAUGUAAUAUUAAAAUUAAUCUGCAACGUUGAAAACAACAAAUUUUCUAGUUUUUUUAUAUUAAUUGUAAUUGGAAUGAAAUUUAUUGUUGCCAUAGGAAAUACUUUGUUCCUACUACUGUGCCUUUGAGGGUUUUAAGUUCAACUGAAUUAUUUAUCAGCCUAGUGUGUCGUGAAGAACCGUUUUCAUACACCUUAUGAUUAGACAAUCUAAAUAUCUGGGAAACAUAUAUACUGUCACUUAUGACAUCUAUCCGUCUGGUAAGUGAAUUAAUGAAUCCUUUUGAACGAGAAUAACACCAAACGAUGUAACAGGAUUUUUUGGGAUACGUUUAUCAUAUUCGCUUAUUAAUAGAUUCAUCAUUUUUAAUGAUCAGUUGAAGAAAAUUUUAGUUCUGUCUGGUUCAUGUAGAUGGUGUUUUUGUAUCUUUUUAUCUAAUUAUCAACAAUAGCCCAUCCUCUUGUUUUAAAACCAAAUUGUAAAGCACAAAUCAUACUUUUUUAUAUUGCUAAAAGCCGAACACGGAACACACAAAUGCUGAGCAUGUGAGAGUAAGUUUCACGUACGAGACAAAGCCGUAAUGAAUAAUAGGAGAAAAUGCCGGAAAAUCACUUUUGGUACAAAUUAUGAAAGCUACUUUUCAACAAGAUGCAAAUUCCUUCCUAUUUCUGUUUACAAUUAGAUUGUUAUACAGUGAAAACAACUGAUUUAAAUUAUAAAACUUAUCUCAAGUAGUGGACAAAUAAAGAACUGAUUGAGAGCUAGGAAAAGUAAAUUUAUGGAAAAGGCAAAAUCAGCUGAUUGGUUUUCCUUGCUCUAAAUUAGAGCUUGGAAUAUUAAUUUUCUUUAUCAGCUGUCAUUAAAAAUACUUUCUCUAUAGAGUGCUUAAAAAAUCAUCCACACCAGUACUUAACGCCAACAACAUGAAAAUAACAAAAUAAGCUUUAGGUUUUACAAAAGAAUGAGAGGUUUACUCAUACUAUUCAAUGGUUUUGGUUUAUCUGAUCAUAAGGUGUGUUCAAAAAUCUGGAUACUCCUAACCAUUGUUUAUCUGAAUCAAGUUUUUGUUCAAAUCAAACUAUCCAUCAAUUUCAAGGAACUAAACCUAAUAAUAAAUUUUAAAAAUUGUUCAACAAUUUCCAUCUCCAAAAAAGCUUUAUAUAAUACCGGUGUUUUGCUUAGUAAAUUUACAAAAUACUUAAAUCUUGUAACGUUAGUUCUAGUUUGCUAGUUGCUACAUUACUGCUUAAUUUGUCAAAUAUUUUCAUCAUUGGUGAACAAUUUACUUAAGAAGGUCUUGUAUGAUAAUCUAGUUCUUAAGUCGAUAUACUUAUUUUUACUUAAAUGUUUUGAUGAUUAUUUAAUGGAAAAAACGUAAACCUACUUAAUAUUUUGUAUUCGAAAACCACUUAAUGUUUGUUCCUAACAUUUUAAAAUUUAUAUCACCCAUCUUAUGUAGUUUUAUGAUUGUAACAAACUAUUCUUAUUUUCAUUUCAUGAUAAGGGAGUAAAAGGGCUUUCUUUUAGAAGCCUUUUUGUAUUCUUCAAGUCUACUUUAGACCGCCCCGAUAAAAAAAUUAUGCUACAAACUGUUGAAGCACAAUAAUCAUCUGUUACGUUUUAAAAGCACGUAGCAAAUUGAUAGUGGCGUUGUUUUAUUAUUUGAGUUUGUAAUAAAAUAUUUUGAAGUAUUUUUUCUCUCUUGAUUAUGGUUAAUUUUGGAUUGUUUACUAAGAAUGUGUGUAAACUUAAGUAAUGUAAUAUUCCUUACACUGUAAAGUACUAGAUGUAUACAAAUAUGCUAGAUAAUUUUAUUUCACACCGUAGCACAAGAAGCGGCCUGUUUAUGCUCACACAAUACAAUGAAGAUGAUGAUGGUUCCCAAAGUGCUUCAUUUUGUAAAUAUUCUGUGCCUUAAAACGACCAAUACAUUUAAUAGAACUAUGACAAACUAUUUUUUUUAGCUUUGCCAAGCCUAAAAAUGCACAAAAUGGUAAUAUUUACUAAUUUUACAACACUUUUAUCUAUUUAGUAGGUAAUGUUCUAAAAUACUACUUAACCUUUUGUAUGAUAUUGAAUGAUUGUAUUUAGUUUGUGUUAAGUAUAAGUAAAUACGUAUAUACUUAGUUAUAUAGUGACAAGGGUAUGAUAUGUGAGUGUUUUAGUUAAUGUGCCAAUGUUUAUGUAUGUGUGUGUAAAUCAACUAAAUAGCUUAAACUCUGUUGAUUGUUGAAUUGUGUUAUCCAGAGUUUAAACUAUUUCGGGCAAACAGUAAUAAUUAUGUUAAUUUUAUAUGUAUAUUCCUUUCUCACUUUCACUAUCAAUGAGGAAAUUAGUUUUUUAUGAUCUUUAGUAAUUAAGUAAUAAACGAAUGAUUAAUGAAA